AUGGGUGUUCCCGCGCUUUUCCGAUGGCUUUCCAACAAGUACCCGAAGAUUAUUUCUCCGGUUAUUGAGGAGCAGGCUCAACAAGUGGAUGGGGAAGAAAUUCCGCUCGACAUCACCGGUCCCAACCCUAAUGGCGAGGAGCAGGACAACCUUUAUCUGGACAUGAAUGGAAUUGUCCAUCCGUGUACCCACCCCGAGGGAAAGCCACCACCUGCGGAUGAGCAGGAGAUGAUGCUAGAGAUCUACAAGUACACUGAUCGUGUUGUCAACAUGGUCCGCCCCAGAAAGCUUCUCAUGAUCGCUAUUGAUGGUGUCGCCCCGAGAGCCAAAAUGAACCAGCAGCGUGCGCGUCGAUUCCGCUCUGCGCAAGAAGCCAGAGAGAACGAUGAGAAGAAGGAGGAACUUCAAAAAAUGCUCGCCAAGCAACAUACUGCGAAGACCGGCGAGGAGUACAUCCGGGAGGAGGUUGUCCAUAAAACUUGGGAUAGCAACGUCAUCACGCCAGGAACACCCUUCAUGGACAUCCUUGCCGCCUCUCUCCGGUACUGGAUUGCUUACAAGCUCAACACUGACCCGGGCUGGGAAAAUUUGAAAAUCAUCAUUUCGGAUGCCACAGUUCCAGGAGAAGGAGAGCAUAAGAUCAUGAAUUUUGUGCGAUCGCAACGAGCUUCGCCCGAUCAUGAUCCUAACACUCGUCAUGUCAUCUAUGGUCUGGAUGCUGACUUGAUCAUGUUGGGUCUUGGCACGCACGAGCCGUAUUUCCGAGUCCUGCGUGAAGACGUUUUCGCUCAGGACUCAAGACCUCGAGGGUGCAGACUGUGCGGACAGACUGGACAUAAGGCCGAGGAGUGCCUAGGCCGCCCCAAGGAAAAGACCGGAGAAUUUGAUGAGAAGCAGAACGCUGCCCCUUUGAAGCCUUUCAUUUGGCUGCAUGUUGCAGUCCUCAGAGAAUAUCUUGCUGUGGAGCUUCGUGUCCCUCAGCAGCCCUUCCCAUUCGACCUGGAACGUGCACUUGAUGAUUGGGUGUUCAUGUGUUUCUUUGUCGGAAAUGAUUUCCUUCCUCAUUUGCCCUCUUUGGAUAUCCGUGAAAACGGAAUUGACACCCUUAUCGCAAUUUGGCGUGACAAUCUCCCUGCCAUGGGAAGUUAUCUCACCAAAGAUGGAAGUGUUGAGCUGAAAAACGCUCAAAUCAUCUUGCAAGGACUGGCUAAACAGGAAGAUGCUAUCUUCCGUCGCCGGAGACAGGCAGAGGAGAGAAAGCAGGCAAAUGAGAAGCGACGGAAGGAGCAAGAUGAAGCUCGCAAUGCAGAGCGUUCUCAAAAGCGGAGGCGCAGCUCCCCCCAGUACGAUGCUGGACCUGGCGGCCGCCCUGGCGGAGCCGGUGGUGAGCCAGCUCCCCCUAUGGAGUUGAUCACUCCUGGUCGUGGUCAUUUGGCCAAGGAGACCAGAGAACUGACUCACAACAUGGUCACCAACCGUGGCGCUGUGUAUCGUGCCAAUAUGGAGAACAAGAGUGCUGCUGCUGUGCUUAAGAGUAAGCUCAUGAGGGGUAAACAGGAUGAGCCCCAAGCCCCGGCUGCUACAGAGGGCGAGGAAGCAACAAAUGAAGCCGCAGAGCCAACCUCUCCUAGUGUGCUCGGAAAGCGGAAGGUCGAUGCCACUGAACAAGAAGAGGAGGCUGAGGCAGGAACACCAGGCAGACACUCUCCCCCACCUCCAGCUGUUGAGAAUCCCAAGUCAGACGAACCCGCCGAGGACACCGUCAAAUUGUGGGAGCCAGGGUAUGCCGAUAGAUACUACGAGCAAAAAUUCAACGUCGACCCUAAGAACCUUGAAUUCCGCCAUCAGGUCGCUCGCGACUAUGCCCUUGGGUUAUGCUGGGUCCUCCGCUACUAUUUCCAAGGAUGUCCUAGCUGGAAUUGGUACUAUCCUCACCACUAUGCGCCUUUUGCCGCUGAUUUCGUUGAUAUUGCCGAUAUGCCAGUGGAAUUCGAUAAGGGCAAGCCAUUUAAACCCUUUGAACAGCUGAUGGGUGUGCUUCCCGCGUCAUCUAAUCACGCGCUGCCCCAAGUCUUCCAUCCUCUGAUGGAAAACGCGGAUUCUCCUAUCAUCGAUUUCUAUCCUGAAGAUUUCCCACUCGACCUGAACGGCAAGAAGUUUGCCUGGCAGGGUGUGAUUCUCCUCCCCUUCAUCGAUGAACGUCGUCUGCUCGACGCCAUGGGAACUGUCUAUCCUCUUCUCACCGAGGAAGAGAAAGCUCGUAACACUCAUGGCCAGGAAGUCCUUCUGUUGUCUGACCGAAACCCGCUUUACCAGGACCUUGUUGCGAACUUCUACUCCAAGAAGCCCGGCCCGGCACAGUACCCGAUCAAGCAGGACCUCAGUGCCGGCCUGGCCGGCAUUGUCGAGCGUAGCGAGACCUACAUUCCCCAUAGCUCAUUGGUCUCGCCGCUAGAGGCUCACGGCAUGCCGGGACUUGAUGACGAUCGUUCUCUCACGGUCUUGUACACAAUCCCUAAGUCUUCUCAUGUUCACAAGUCCAUGCUUCUCCGCGGUGUCAAGCUACCGACCCCAAUGCUGGACUCAAAUGACAUCAGAGCCACCCAGGGUCGCGCUCAGAACUCGGGCCGAUCAUUCGGCGGGGCACCUUUCCAGGGCAGAGGCCGAGGUGGCCGAAUGAACUACCAAAGUGAUCGCCCCAACCCCUUCGCUGGACAUCUUGACCCAAACUUCGCCCCUGGUCCACCCGGUGGUCCCAGUGGUGCCCACAUGGUGCCGCCUGGAUGGGUUCCACCCAAUCAAGGAUACGGAGGUUACUCCAGAGGACCACCACCUCCUCCACGUGGUGGAAUGGCCAAUCAAUACCCACCUCAGCAAGGCUAUCAGCAACAGCAACCUGGUGGCUACUAUAACCCUCAAAACCAGUACAACCAAGGCGGUCAGUACAACAACGGCAACGGCUAUCAACAAGGAGGCUACGGCUCCCAAGAUUAUCGCGGAGGCCGAGGCGGUAGUAAUCGUGGGGGCAGAGGUCGUGGUAACUACCAAAACCAAGGUGGAGGUGGGUACAAUCGGUACUAG